ACGACACCGUCGAAGGUCCGCUGCAAGGGAUUGCCGCAUCGUCGUCUUUGCUAAACGCUGGCUAAGCCCCUCACUGCUCAGGCUAGCUAGAGAGAGAUGUUUCGAAGCAGAGUGGCCUGGUCACUUUUGAGGCGCAGCAAAGAUGUAAUUGGGACGUACAAACUGAGAGGAACAAGGCCAACUUCUAGUUUUCCAUCUGACGAUUCAUCAAGGGUUUUUUACCUGACCAUCGCCCGGCAAUAUUUACACAAUUUUCGAUCUCAGCCUAAGGGUCAUAAUGUACCCUACAUGAGGAGCUUUUGUAACGUGGCAUCUACUGAGGUGGCACAGAAAGAGGGUGUAAAGCUGCUAGUAACUGCGGGACCUCGUGCCCAGAAAGUGGUUGGAAUAUGGCUUUUUGGCACAGCCGCAUGGGUGUUUAGCAUGGUGGUACUUGGGGGUGUGACUAGACUGACGCGAUCUGGUCUUUCAAUGACUGAUUGGAAAUUCACUGGCAGUCUCCCUCCUUUGUCAGAUGAGGAAUGGCAGCAAGAAUUUGAGAAAUAUAAGCAAUCACCUGAAUACAAGCGAGUAAACAAAGGAAUGAAGAUUGAAGAUUUCAAGUUUAUAUAUUGGAUGGAGUAUGCGCACCGUAUGUGGGGAAGGGCAUUGGGGGUUAUGUUUGCUUUGCCCUUCUCAUAUUUUCUCCGUAAGGGGUACAUUACCUUAAGAUUGGGACUCAGACUCUCUACUCUCUUUGCCCUUGGGGCUGGCCAGGGUUUAAUUGGGUGGUGGAUGGUUAAAAGUGGUUUAGAGGAACCGGCAUCAGAAUAUUCUCAGCCAAGGGUCAGCCCUUAUCGCCUCGCUGCUCAUCUUACUUCAGCAUUUGCUAUUUACUGUGGCCUCUUCUGGACUGCUCUGUCUGUCGUUAUGCCUGAACCACCAGCAGAAUCACUAGCAUGGGUUCAUGGGGCUGCUAAAGUGAAGAGACUUGCAUUACCUAUAAGCUUAGUUGUUGGUUUGACUGCUAUCUCAGGUGCAUUUGUUGCUGGAAAUGAUGCUGGGCACGCAUUCAAUACUUUCCCAAUGAUGGGUGAUACAUGGAUACCAGGUGAUAUUUUUGAAAUGAAACCUCUGAUUCGGAAUUUCUUUGAGAACACAUCAACUGUACAGCUUGAUCAUCGCAUCCUUGCAACUGCAACUCUGAUUUCAGUAUGUGCUUUAUGGUGGUCAACUAGAAAGCUGGACAUACAUCCUGCCAUUCGAUCUCUGAUCGGAAGUACUGUUGGGAUGGCUGCUCUUCAGGUUACGUUAGGAGUUUCAACUCUUCUUUCAUACGUUCCUGUAUCACUGGGCACUGCACAUCAGGCUGGUGCUUUAACAUUUAUGACACUCGUGAUGCUGCUCAACCACACUGUUCGAAGGCCCUCAUUGUCCCUUCUCAAGUCUCUGCCUCAAGUUGUGAAAGCCAACUAAUUGCUUCCCAUUAAAAUUUUACUAAAAGGACAAAAAAAUCGUUGGCAUGUCAAAUUCCUUUAUUGAGGUUGUUAAUGGACAGUUAACUUCUUGUAAGUUAGUUUUGGGCUCCUUGGCCAAAUUUUAUUGGUGGAAAACAUGUCAGCUUCUGCAUUGAUCUGUUUUUGUACCUUUGAAGCCAUAUGUUCGUGGUGAUCACACAAGUGAUCUGUUAACAACACGCUGAAAUUUUAUUAUGGGAAGAAUUAUUCUCAAUCUGAUAUGUGUCUUCAUUUCAGAUAGAGAAGGCACAACCUUGGGGAAAGGAGGAACAACUUUUGGUUAUAUUGUCAGUAUUUUUCUUUUGAAUUAAAUAUAUUAUGACUUUAUUUAGAACUUAUUAAUUCAAUAUAAUUUUCUUUUUCUUA